AUGCUCAACAUGAUGAGUCUUGGGGUUUUCUUGGCUACACUGUUCAUCCCACAAUGGGUUUCUGCUUUACCAGCCCUGAAUAGCAGCAUAAAGACAUAUAGCUUUCCGGAAGGACUAGAUCUGGCACAUGCCUACGCCAUUCAGGUUCAACAAUCUACCGGGGGAUUGCAUACCGUUGAAUCCUACAACGCCAUCGUGUCAGAAGCCAAUACCACGUCCGGGAAGGGAAUCGAGCACAACACUUCUUUUGCUUUGUUCGACUUUGAAGGACCCGUUAAGCUCUCCGUCACCUACAAUAAUGGGCCAGUUAGGUCUGUCGCCAUCAGACCCUAUUCAUAUGAUAUCACGCCGACUGUGCAUGGAAAUACGAUCUCUUUUACGUUGGACCGACCGCGCAACGUCGUAGUCCAAGUGAAUGACGAUGUAUUUGACACUUUACAGCUUUUCACAAAUACUAUUGAGACCGACAUCCCGAGUCAAAAUGAUCCGAACGUGGUCUACUUUGGACCCGGCAUUGAGAACGGUCCCUCCCCCAGGAACGGGACAUUGGUCGUACCAUCGGGUAAAACUGUAUAUCUUGCUCCCGGUGCAGUGGUUACUUCUCGGCUAGCAUUUCAGAAUGCGACCAGCGGUUCAAUCCAGGGUCGGGGAGUGAUCAACCCAAGAUCAACAGGCGGUAUACUUAUCGAAUGGUCGAGCAAUAUCCUGGUAAAGGACAUUCUCAUUCUCGGGGCAAAAGGGUUCUCGGUCACGACGGGUACAUCGAAGAAUAUCACCAUGUUAGGAAUCCGAUCGAUGUCUUCCACCGGGAACGGCGAUGGAAUCGACUUCUUCUGCAGCGAGGAUGUGCUGAUCGAUGGGGUGUUUCUACGGAACUCCGACGACAAUAUCGCUCUUUACCAGCAUCGCUGGAACUACUACGGUGACUCGAAGAAUAUUACGGUGCAGAACUCAUCCCUCUGGGCGGACUGGGCUCACCCUAUCAAUAUCGGCACGCAUGGGAAUACCGAUAGCCCUGAGACCAUGGACGGGGUCACCAUCCGCAAUAUUGACAUCCUCGAUCACCGCGAGCCGCAACUUUGGUACCAGGGGUGCAUCGCGAUCAACCCCGGGGAUAGCAACUUGAUCCAGAACGUUCAUAUUGAAGACGUACGAGUCGAGGAUUUCCGCCUGGGGCAAUUACUCAAUUUCCGGGUGAUGUAUAACUCCAAGUAUAACACAUCGCCGGGUAGGGGCAUUCGGAAUGUCUACGUUAAGGAUCUGGUAUACCAUGGGUCCCAUGCAAACCCUUCGUUGUUUUUGGGAUAUGAUAACGAUCGGAAUAUCUCAAAUGUCACCUUUGUCAACCUACAGAUUAACGACAAGGUAAUCGACGACAACAUGGCUAAACCAUCCUGGUAUUAUACUGCGGAUUUUGUGCCCAUGUUUGCGAAUGAAUAUGUUGAGGGACUGAACUUUACCAGUGAGCAACAAAUGCGCUCUAAGGCAAACGGUCGACCCGCACAGGACCAACGACCGCAACAACAAGACCAGUACGCCUCCAAACCAGAAGACGAUAUCCCGGCUUGCCAGUCCUGCCGCAAGAAAAAGGCACGAUGUAGUCGCGAACAACCAUGUUCGCAAUGCGUGCGCUUUGAUGUCGCAUGCGUUUAUGAUGACCGUCGGCUGAAGCCCGGGCUACGCGCAGGAGCCGUUGAUCAGCUCUACCGCCGGAUUGAUACACUGGAGAACAUGUUUCUCGGGCAAAGUGUUCUGUGGAAGCAGGUCUGGGAGGCGCUCCAUCCUAACUCGGCCUUCCCUGGUGCUCCAGAUGAGGAUUUAAAUAAUGAGGAAACGCAGAGCAGACAAUUCGCCCACGCGCGCGAAGCCAUGAAACAAUCAAUGUUACAGCUUGCUGAGACUAAGGACAAGGCAAGGUCCUCGACGCAGGCAGAACACAACGAGGAUAACGAUCUUCGAUCGCCAAAGCGACGAAAGGUUGACGUGGUGUCCAGUCCACAGGAUUCGCUAAGGAGUGGGACAGACUUUGACAUCCUCAACUUGGACCUGGUGCACCAUCUUGUUGAAUUUUACUUUGCGAACAUUCACCACUGGAUUCCAAUUCUACAUGUCAGAAGGUUUCGAGAACAGAUUCAGUCUUACAAGGGACGCCAGAAGGCAAUUCAUAUUCUGCAUGCUAUUGUCGCGUUGUGUAGUCGGUUCUCUAGCGAUAGCCGCCUGGGAAGCGACACGGAGAAGGCCGAACUGGCAGAGAAAAGUAGGCAGAAGGUCAUCUUGAGCAGUAUGGAGUCAUUCUCAGUUGAGAAUCUCCAGGCUUUAGUAAUCAUUGCUUUUGAUACAAUUGGUCGUGGUCGAGGGCCAUCGUCAUGGUCUAUCGUAGGAGGUAUGGCUCGCACAGUAGAGCAACUUCAACUGAGCGUUGAAGAAGAGCAUCUUUCCAGUCCUUCUCAAACUGGCGAGACUUUGAUACGGCGCAUGGCGUUUCUGAAACCAUCCACCUCCUGGAGCGAAGCGGAGGAAAGACGACGUGUCUUCUGGACUGUGUUUCUGAUGGAUCGCUUCUGCAGCGUAUCAACCGGUUGGAAUAUCAGUCUGACCAGUGCAGAUGUGAAAAGGAGGCUACCCUGCGAAGGAGCGCUAUGGGAGCGGGAAACUGAAGCAAGACCGCCAUAUUUUGGCAUCUCAGACGCAAAAGCCGCUAACCCACAUCGUCCCUUACUAACAGAGAGCCGGAUGACAGCCGAUCCAAAGGAGCAAGAUUGUAUCGGGGGAUUCGCUUACUGCAUCGAAGCCACCGAGUCGCUAGCAUUAGUCACCAAUUUCUUUCUUCACCACGCCCUCGAUAUCCGAGAUGCGGACAAAGCGCAGCUGUGGCUCAUGCGGUUCAAAGAGCUUGAUCUCCGUAUGGUCCAAUGGAAGCUUUUUCUGCCCCCAAAAUGGCGGGAUGCGUCAGUCCUUAAUGCCGAUGGCAUCAUGGACCCUAACCUGACUCUUGCACAUACAACACACAACACAGCUGUAAUACUUCUCCACCAAGGAAUCGCCUACCCGCCAUUACACUGGCAAUCCUGCCCGGUCAAACUGCCUUCAACAUCAUCAGCAGAAACAUGUCUCGAAGCCGCUUCGGAGAUCAGUACGAUUGGCCAGCAAUUUCUUCUUUGCUCUGCCAUCCUCACCAACCCCCAGUUCUCGUUCUGCCUCUUCAUUGCCGGUAGAAUGCUCCUCACACAUUCCAAGUACUACGGUACCCCAAUUCCCAGCUCGUUGGAUUCGCUUAUUGCCAGCUUGUUCGAAAUCUCCCGCCGAUGGGCAGGGCCCCAAAAUGUACACGACAACCAAAAGGAUAACCUCGCCUCGGGCUUUGCGAAGCGAUUAGUUCAAGCAAGGGACAACUUCCCUGCACUAUCGAAACCUAGCUUAGAUAUUCGACAGACAGCAUACUCUGAAAAUACUGACGAUAGAGCACCCUCCAAGCAUGUAGAAACAGUUUCUACACCAACAGUACUUGAUGGCUCCUCGGUGCUACCAAGCCAUACGUACGCGGAACAGGAGCCCUCACUGCUUAUACCCGAUAACCACUCUGAUACUUCGGUUGGCUUGGCGUUCCCUCCUCUGCCCUUGUCAUUUCAGCAAACCCUCCAGAGCUUCACCGACGUAGAUCCGUUUGGUAUUUCCCUGGCAGAUCGGGACCAGUUCAACUCUCAACCGUCACAUGUGUCCAUCUGGAACAAUGCGACAAGCUCUCUCUACACAGAUGCGCCCAUUGUAUUAAAUUGCGCGUCUCCAGAGCAUCCGCAAGCGACACUGAGUCCUGGACAGAGGAUCAGUCGCUAUGGUGCAGUGGAAGUGGAUCGAGCGGCUGUUAUGGGCGAGAGUUCUACACAUCUUGGCCACAGUACUUAA